CAUCUAGCUAUCUUUGACUGUCUUAAGCAAUGGCGAGUAAAUCCUGGUUUCUCUGUCCCGAUUUUACCUUCCUCCCCGAUGGGCAAAUUGCGCUUGGUAGAAUCAUUCCCAGUCCUCGACAACCAACCAUUACUCUCGCAUCUCUCGCCGAUUACCCGACGAUAGACCUACCAGAGGUCAAAUCUAUUGUUGAGAAGAAUCGCAGCUUCUUGAACGAAACGAAACGAUCUUUUGGGACCAAGCUAUUUGCCAAGUUCCUUGAAAUUGCCAACGCCAACGUGGGCAUGUCGCUGUGUAACAGCAAAAAUCAGUCUUUCGGCACCGCGGAUCACGAGAUUCGUGCUUUCAAUGGGGCCUUUACCCCAGAGACUCUGAAAGCAAUCGUGGCUCUCGAUGGUGUGAAAAGGCACAUUGAUAGCGGACGUUUCGGCAAGCGAUACGUGUACAUCAUCUCGGGGCUACGCGUGGCACAGCGAAGCUUCACAGUCACAAACGAGAAGGCAAAUGAAAUGGCAGCUUCUGUUGGGGCAUCGGUUCCUAUUCCCACCGGUGCUGUACCUGCCGCGGUGGGGGCCAGUAUCACCGGCGAUUCGAAGCAUGAGAAGAAGAAAAGCUAUGAAACGGCUCCCGGCAUUGUCUUUGCGUAUCGGCUCCAUGUGAUUCGCUCCAAGAAUACGGGCGAAGAAGGGGAGCUGUUUUCGGAUAGAACAGCCUUCUUCAGCGGCGAAGCUGAGGAUGAAGCCGAAGAAAUUGAGAUUGCCGAAGUGAACAGAGCGGUGCUGCGGGGAGAUUUGGAUGAACAGCUCGAUGGCUAUAGCGAAGAGUGGUUUGAGGAAAUAGAUGAUGAGGCUUAUAUAAUAUCUGCAAAUUCGAUCUAAGGUAUUUUCAUGGUUACCUUCUAUUAGCUACUAUUGAAUGAAAAUAUGUAAGGAAAA